AGAGAGAGAGAGAGAGAGAGAGAGAGAGAGAGAGAGAGAGAGAGAGAGAGAGAGAGAGAGAGAGAUGGCGAUGCAUGAGGCGGCGAUGGCGACGACAGGGCCGGGGCCGAUCAAGCUGUACUCCGCGCAAGGACAGACACUGGGAACAAGCCAUGUACUUCCAUCCUCUCCAUGGAGUUCUGCGCCGCUGUUCGUGUUCGAAGGGCAAGAUGUAGCGGCCUGUGCGCCGGAUUACGGAAGUCACAGAUGUGGAGACUCCCAGCAUAGUCAGACGAGUUUGGAUUUCCGCAGGUUUCUGGUAGGCGAGGGUAGCGUGUGCGGCGGCGGGCUGCUGGGCCCUGGUGGCCUCGUGGACGCCGGGGGAAUGCUUUUUGGCGGCAGUCUGCGAGGAGGCAAUGCGGCGCUUCUCAUGGCUAACGCGAUCACGGCGGCAGGGGGAAGCGGCGGCGGGGGCGGCGCGGUGCUCGCCAGCGGAUCGAGCGGGCCUAAUGCGGGCGGGGUAGCUGCCGGUGCUGGAGGUGGGGUCGGCGAGGUCAACAUAUGCGACAUAUCUGCCGCCGGUGAAUGUAGGGAGCCUGCUGACGGCGCAGGUGUGUGCCAAGAUUCUGGGGUAGCAGGACGUAUGGCUGCAGCACCAACCGGCGGAGUUUCUCUCUGGAAUUCCUCCGUGCACGGCGGGGAUGCAUUUGGCCAUAGCCUCCUUUAUCCUCUGCAAAUCUCGGAACUGAUGGAGCUAGAUCCGAUCGAGGAUGAGCUGUCUUCUGAAUCUUGGCUCCAGCAUGGGGGAGAAGGGUCCUACCACCGCGGCAAUGGCGCCGCCACGGGGGGGUCUCAGGCAGAAGCCUCGCCUGCUGUCAACAGCCCUCAACAGAUUCAGCACGGGAUUUGCUCCGCUUCCGCCUCCGCCUCCGCCUCCGCCUCUACCUCCGCCUCCCCCUCGGCCUUCACCUCUGCCUCCGCCUCCGCCUCCGCUCCGUCGGCUGCCAACAAUAACUUCACCAGCAAAGGUGGUGGUGGUUACCCGAACUGCGACACUACGUUCUCUCCUGUGCAUUGCUCGACGUCCAUGCCGGGCAAUUUUGCGUUUGCGCCGAGCUUCCCCGCGGCUCCGACUGUGGGGCAAGCGGAGUCCAUGAUGAUGGCGACGGCCUCUUUUCCUGCGGUUUGCGGAGCCCCGGGGGGAUUCUGCGCGAAUGGGCGGAUAUUGUGGAGCACGCAGUUGCAGCAGCAGCUGCUUGCCGGCAGUGCUGCGAAGAUGGCGCGAUCGAUGUUCGUUUCGCCGCUGUCUCCCGCCGCGCCGGGUAGUGCGUCCACGUGUCGGCCGUCGGCGCAAUGCGCCGGCAUCCCGACGCUCUACGCCAGAUCGGGGGAGCAGAGUUACGAGACUAUGCGGCGGCUGUGGGGGCAGGGAGGAGCGGGAAGCGGCGGCGGGGUUCUGAGUUGUGAAGCAGGUGGGGGGGGAGCAUUGGAUCCGGGCGCGCGGAGGCAGGACGGGGAUCAAGGGGGGGCGGUGGAGGGCAUGGGCGAGGCGGGGAGAACAGUGAGAACCACAGGCAGACUGGUAGCCCGCGAAGGCGGCGCAACAGUUGGGUUUCGGAAGCGGCCGCGAGAGGAAGAGGACAGGGAUCGGGAAGGAGAAGGAGAAGGAGGAGGAGGAAUGUGUCUUCAUGCUGACGAUUCAGGGAGCGUUCAUCGUCCUCGUCAUCAUCAUCAUCAUCAUGAGCAUGAUCGAGUUAGUCAGUGCGGCACGCGGAACGAACAGCAGCAGAGGAUGCAGGGGGAACGAGGCGGAGGAGAGCGCACGGAUAGCGCUAUUCUGCGGGGAGAAGGCGGGAUUCAAGAUGAGGAAGCGGGAGGGGAGUGCGACAGCGCGAGAUCCCCGAACGGGGAGGGUCAUUACUACCUGGUAGGGGGCAAUGAUUGGGACGAGGGAGAAGGCGGGUGGGGGAGGGUAACAGAGGGGGGCGUAGGAGGGGGGGUUAGCUGGAGAUCGCCGGAUGCGGUGAUUGCGAUCUCCACGAAGCUGACCCAGAGGAUGAUGAAAGCCCUUCAUUGCAUCAACCAGACGAGGCCGGAUGUGCUAGUGCAGAUCUGGGUGCCAAGGAGUGAUCACGGGCGCUUGGUUUUGACCACGAAGGAGGCCCCUUUCGCGGUGGAGCAGUGCAGUCAACAGCUAGCUAGAUAUAGAGGAGUGUCGGAGGAGUACAUCUUCUCGGGGGAGGAGAUCUCCCAAUACUCUGGCUUGCCUGGAAGAGUGUUCAAGUCGGGCAAGCCGGAAUGGUCGCCCAAUGUGCAGUUCUACUCUCCGAUGGAGUACUUGAGGGCCAAUCACGCCGCGGAGUGCGAUGUUCGGGGCUCCUUGGCCGCGCCCGUCUUCCAUCCCGGCCUGCCACGCUGCGUUGCCGUAAUAGAGGUUGUCAUGGUGGGCGAGGACGUGAGAUUUGCGCUCCAAAUGAACAACAUCUGUCGAGCUCUGCAGGCUCCGUCCUUAGCUCAUGGGCUGAUCCUCGCAGAGAUCUCAGAGGUGCUGACCCAAGUUAGUCAGCAGCAUGAUCUGCCAAUUGCGCAGUGCUGGAUUCCCUGCGAGAGAGAGGAGCAACAGGAAGAAAAGCAACUCUGUUACAUUGACGAAAUCGAAGAAGGAGAUGCGUCGAGUGAUAGCAAGGGAUGCAAGAAGAAGAAGGGCAGCUGGAGCCUGUCUACCACGGAAGCACCCUUCUACGUAAGCAACCCCAUCAUGUGGGGCUUCAGAAAUGCUUGCUGCGAGCACAAGCUUGAGGAAGGACAGGGCACCCCUGGCCGAGCCAUGAUGACCUGUGCGCCGGCGUAUGCAGAGGAUGUCAAGCGGUUGAGCAAGCUGCAGUAUCCUCUCACCCAUUACGCCCGGAUGUUCGGGCUUGGUGCUGCGGUAUCGAUUCGGCUGAGGAGCUCCCACAGCGGUAUGGCGGACUACAUCCUCGAAUUCUUUCUACCGACGUCUUGUGCUGCCCACGACCAGCAGCAACUUCUUUUGUCUGGCUUGUCGGUUUCCAUGCAGUGGGCUUGUAGAACCCUGAGGCCUGUUACAAAGGCAGAGCUGGAGAGCGAGAGAAGCAAUGGGAUCAUGGAUUCUGGUCAGGAGGUAUUCCAAGGGGCAGUGUUCAAGGGGGCAGCGAUGAAUCCAGCGACCCAGUGCAAUUCUUUGGGCCCACCUGCGGCAUCGGCAGGAGGAGAUGGUGUCAUCGUUCAAAUUAUUGCCGAGGAUGCAGAGGAUGACGAUGAGGAGGAUGAGGAGGAAGAUAGUGGAGAGGGCAUAGAUAACGAUAUGGAAGCGGAAGGAUUGUGUGGGCAUAGUAGGAACAUCCAAGCUCCCGAACCUGUUUGUGAUCCAGAGGUUCCAAUCGAGCCGGAGGCAAGUAACGUUGCUGCUGCAAACAGAAGGGGCAAGGGCAGCACUGGGGGGAAAGCAAAAGGCGGCGGAGGAGGGAAAGCAGGAGCUGCAGCAAAGGGUGCUCCCGAAGCAGAAGGAGCAACCGGUGCACUGCGUCGAGCGGAGAGGGGAAGACGGGGGACGAUGGAGAAAACAAUUGAUUUGAGUGUCCUCCAACAAUAUUUCGCUGGAAGCCUCAAAGAUGCAGCAAAGCAGAUUGGAGUUUGUCCAACAACGCUGAAAAGAAUUUGCCGACAGCAUGGAAUUCAACGGUGGCCAUCACGAAAGAUCAACAAGGUCAGUCGCUCGAUCAAGAAGCUGCAGGGAGUCAUAAAUAGUGUGCAAGGGAAGGAUGGAGGUCUUCAGAUCAAUCCAUUGCUGGGUGCUGCUGCUGACGAUUUGUCAGCCAUUGCUGCGCUUGGAGCACUCGGGGCGGCGACAUGUGCGGCAGUUAACAACGGGCCUGGUAGAGGCUCAACGUUAAGCACUACAGCAAUGGGAGGUCCAUCUUCGGCUCCUGGUCCAGCAACCCAUCCAGUUCUGGGUGUCCACGGAGCAGAUGCAGGCCUGAGCACACCAGAAAGUGCUGUGACGGCAGCAGCCCUAGGAGACUGGGGCGUGACAUGGGCGGCAGCAGGUUCAGCAGGCGGGAACCCCGGGGUGCGAGGAGGGGGACAACAGAAGGGGAGUGGUGGAACUCGGGGGAUGAUGCAGCAGCAAGCUUUGGGAAUGGGUGGCUCACCAGCGUCAGGAACCGACCAGACCCCUCCCAUAAAUGUCAGUGCGGAAUCAGACUCUAUGGAGAACAAACCAUUGCAGAGAAGCUUUUCGUCUCUACAUCCAGCUAUGGGAUGUGCAGUGCAGAACCAGCAGCAGCAGCAAACAGGUGUGAUGGGAGGAGGAGGGCCAGUGAGAGUGGUGGAUGUGGACACCACAGAAGAGGGAGGAAGCAAUCAUGGUGAUGAAGUUCGUUGUGUUACGGAAAGGGGAUCGGAUCUGGGUAAUGGUUCUCACCAUAGCGGGAAGUCUUUUGAGAACAGGGUGAUGCAGGGUGUAUCAAAUUGUGAAACUAGUUGUGGGGCCUGGGGUGUGAAACCAGGGUUAAGGCGGGGUGGAAAGGCGACAGGCUGGGCGGCCGUAUCUGGGAUGGCCCAAGGGCCCGGCGGAUACCAAUGUUUAGAAAGCAGGGGUGACCUGAAGGGUGUGCCUACCUGGUCUGUAUCAGGAUUUGGGACAAUAACAGCUGCAGGGGGAUCUAUGUCUGGCAGGAGGGGUACGGCAGUUGAGGGGGUGCAUGGGCAGCAAGGAACGGGUGUUGGCAGCAACUGCAGGGCUCAGGAGGGGGAAAUUGCCUGCAUGAGUGGGAGAGGUGGUGGAGACGGAGGCAGUUCAUGUGGCGGGCAAGUUUUCCGGUGGGAUGGCACUGGAUCGCCCAGCUCAACUGGGCAGUUGGGCCAUGUGACAACCAUGGAUCUGUUAUCGACAAUUGAGAGCAGAGUGCAUGGUGGUGAUGCUGCAUUGGCGGCUCUAAGGGUCAUAAACGGCCCUGGAGAUGUGGGAGGAGGGGCAACCCCUGGUCGGGACUGUGAUAUGCAGAAUACGGAGCCAGCAGGUUAUGGUAUCUCAUACAGUGGCCGGAGAGGGGGGAUCGGGAUGACAGCUGGGCAGUCAAAUACAUCGGCCAUGGGAUUAACGGCAGCCGGUGGAGGUGGUAUGACCCCAAGGAGCCCUGCGAGGCCUAUGCGGAUGCUAGGGAAUUCUCUCACCCCAAACUUAAUGACCGCCAGUUCUCCCUCCAAUACAAGCUGUUCAACUGGGAUGUGCUCUGGCAAAGCAGGAUCUCCAGGAGUCGGAGCAGUUGGCAUGGUAGGCGCGCUUGGGCUGUCCCCACAGAUGUUGUGCUCAUCCAUGAUCGACAACCUGCCUCAGUGGCCAAGGGGCUUCAGAGGUGGUGGCAGAGAUUCAAAUGCGGUGACAACGAGCGAUGUGACGGUGAAGGUAACAUUUGGGCAAGACACAGCAAGGUUUCGCCUUCCCAGCGGUCAUUGCUUUGAUGAUCUCCAGCAGGAGGUUGCGCAGAGGUUAAAGCUGGACACGACAACGCUCGUCAUGAAGUACCUUGAUGAUGAAGGGGAGUAUGUCCUCCUGUCGAGCAACGAGGAUUUGAUGGAGUGCAUCGACGUAUCUCGCAACGCAGGCAACAAUACCAUCAAGCUAACUGCGAGAUGUGAAGGGGGAUCGGGACUACAAUACGGGGCCCGCGCAGCCUGCACUGGUGGUUGUGGUGUGCCAAACAUCGGGUAUUAUGAUGCAGGAAUGGCCAGUUUGUCUGAUAUGAACAGCCCACAAAGAUGACAGUUGUCUGGGAGAGGAGGCACGGCAGCUCUCCCUUUUCAUCGGCGGGUGGACGAGGAGUGAAUGGAACUCUCAAAAGUUUUUUCUUCAUGACAGUUAAAUGAGUCUGGAGUCUGCACGUUUAUGUAGUCGGUCAGUGUGAUCAGCACUUUGGAUUAACGUAAAUACAAUGUGGAGUGGAGUGGUGGAGGGGAGUGGCCAGAUUGCGAGCCGCCAAGGAUGCUUGCUCAUCAUCUUGUGGCGGAAUUUGCGGGAGCCCACUUUUCUUCCUUUUUCAUCACUUUUCUUUUUCUUUAUCUGAGAUGUUGACAUAAUCACUGCGGCGUGAACAUACCAGGAGGAAUGGAACGAAGUUCGAAGGACGCUGCUAUUCAUUUCCUUCACUGACGUGGAGGAGCUGGGAUUGUGUGGAGGAGAGGGGAAUGCUGGGAGGGAGUCAGGAGGGGGGGGGGGGGGGGGGGGAAUCUGUAGUUAUGUGCUGCUGCAGGCAGCCGUUUGUUUAUAUGGUUAUACUGGGUAGGGGGAAUAGCAAAGGGGAAGAGUUGGUGGGAUAAAUUUAGAUUCUAGAA